AGAUCUAAAGCUCGCAAUUGUUGUAUUGAAGAUCAAAUUGAAGUAUACCAAAUCAACGGAAUUAGCCGGAAUUUCGGUCGAGUGGAUCCCAGAGUUAGAUAUCGAUGUCGGGUGGAGGUAGAGAUCCAGUGAAAGUGAAAAUCAUUGACACUGAAUACGUUCAAACUGAUCCUAUCAACUUCAAAUCUGUUGUUCAGAAACUUACCGGAAAAGAUGCAGUGGCGAGCAAGGCAGAUGGUUCAUCGGCACGUCAUAAUACUGCCGGACCGGCGACUAGUGGUGUUGCAGUGAGGCCGUCAAGGGAGUUUCUCUCUCAAGAAGAUUUUGAUAAAAUGCUUAAGGAGAUGCCUUCAGUGGAUGAACUGUAUCGCUUGUGGAUUGAUCAAUGAUUGAAUUGAAUAUCCAACUUUUGAUUCCA